UAAGCAUUUCAAUAUAUGGAUCUGAUAACAAUUAGCAAUGAUUCCUAAUACCUUUACUUUUGUUUCAAUUUCUCAAAGGGUAUUAGGAAGUUGCAUGGGUUAAUGUUCUGAGGACCAUCAUGCUCCAAUAAGAAUGGAGAAAUUAUGUCCAUGUAAACCGAUAAAAUCAUAACAGUAGUUUUUCUGUCUUGAUGUAUAUAUUUUCCAGAUUGAAGGGUAGAAGAUAUCAAUCAGAAGCAUCAUACAGUUGGACUGAAAAAUAUGGCCAAUUCUGUUGCUUUAGGACUCUAUAUUACUAUUUGCUGCGUUGCAUUUAUCAUGUCCAAGAUUAUAGUUUCAUUCCUCCUCUACAAAAGAUGGGCACGGAAGCGUAGGAUCAUCGAAGAUACUUUCACAGAUGGAAAGGUGGUUAUGUUCCGGUCCCCGACAUCACGGUCCCUUACUUCGAAAGCUUUUAUGAAGAAGACCAUGAAGUUAUCAAACAAGGACAUCAUUGGUUCUGGUGGCUAUGGUACAGUAUACAGAUUGAGAAUAGAUGAAACCACUGCUUUUGCUGUGAAGAGAUUGAACAAAGGAAAUACAGAUAGAGAUCGUGGAUUUGAAAGAGAGCUCGAUGCAAUGAGUGACAUAAAGCACAGGAACAUUGUCACUCUUCAUGGAUAUUAUAUUGGCGCUCAGUUUAAUCUUCUAAUAUAUGAACUGAUGCCAAAUGGAGGUUUGGAUGCACUGCUUCAUGGUAAUAUACCCCUGAGCUGGUCUUUGAGGUGCAAAAUAGCAGUUGGUGCAGCACGGGGCUUAUCGUAUCUACAUCAUGAUUGUAUUCCACACAUAAUCCACAGGGAUAUCAAGCCAAGCAACAUUCUGCUUGAUCAAAACAUGGAGGCAAGGGUGUCUGAUUUUGGAUUGGCCACAUUAAUGGAACCAGAUCAGAGUCAGGUGACAACGAUUGUUGCAGGAACUUUUGGAUAUUUAGCUCCUGAAUAUUUUGACACGGGAAGAGCAGCAACAAAAGGAGAUGUUUACAGCUUUGGUGUUGUCUUGCUUGAACUUCUAACUGGUAAAAGACCAACAGAUGAAUCAUUUAUCGAGGAGGGCAAAAAGCUGGUGACCUGGGUGAAAGAAGUUAUCGAAGAAAAGAGAGAAGAACAUGCAAUUGACAGGUCUCUAGUAUCUGUUCCUGUUGAAAAAGUCAGAAAAAUGUUCGCUAUUGCAGGCAAUUGCCUAGAAUCAGAUCCUUCAAGGAGACCAACCAUGGCUGCAGUUCUUAAAAUGCUUGAGCAAAUAAAUCAGACAAACCUAUAGCUUGGUCUUGACAUCUUCUAACCUUUGUCCAUGUAAA